AUGUUGCCUAAAAGUGAUAUUUCGUUUAAAGAAAAUGAAAGUAUAAAAAAAGAUAUAUGUUUGAAAACAUUUAAUACAGUUGAAAGUUCCUCAUACAAACCAUUCAGAAUGAGGAAAAAUGAACAUUUAUCAAUUGGUAAAACUGUUAAAGUUUUAACUAAUUGUUAUAAAUUUUCAUUUAAAAAUAAUUUAAAUGUAAAUCUUUUUACUGUAUAUUUUUUAAAUUCUAACAAAAAAAUAUGUGAAAAUUUAAAAAAAAACUUCAAACGGGAUCUUCUUAUGAAGGCAUUAACUAAUGAUCAAAAUAAUUUUCCUCAACAUUAUAUUGUGUAUGAUGAUUCAAAUUUACUUUAUGUAGCAAAAGAAUGUUUAGAUGAUGUAUAUGAAUAUUGUAUUGAUAUUAACAAUAAAAAAAAAUAUUAUAUUCGUUUUGAAAAGGCAAAAUAUUUUCAAAUUAAUUUAAAUAAUACAAAUAAUACUUUACAUUCUGAGUCUAGAAGUUUUUUAAAUUUAAUGUUAACUCAAUUCUCAAAAUCAUCCUAUGAAAAUGCAUAUAAUAAUAAAUGGAUAGGGAUAGGAAAUCGUUUGUAUUUUAAGCCAACUCAAAAUGUAUCCAGAGAAUCUGAUUUAGAUUUUUUAAGACAAAUUUUAUCUGGUAUAUCAUUUAGUAUUUUAUUAGGACCACGUUCACAAAAUAUUUUAAAUGUUGAUCAAAUUCAUGGUAUUUUUUCAAAAUCAGAACUUACUGCAAUAGAUUUUUUUUGUGAAGUUAAUGGUAGUAAAAAAAUAGAACAUCUUUUAAAAAAUGCAUCUAUGAAUUAUUUACAGAGAAAAAGAAUGACAAAUUUAUUAAAAGGAAUAAAUCUUUCAGUUAGUUAUAAUCAUAUAAAAGAAUUUACUAUUUAUGAAGUUGUAAAUAAAAUUCCUGAAAAAACUUUAAUAAUGAUGAAUGGUGAAAAAUUAACAAUUUCAGAUUAUUUUAAAAAAGUUUAUAAUAUUUCACUUCAAUAUCCAAAAUUACCUUUAAUACAAAUGAAUCCUAGACAGGCUAAUAUUUUAAUACCAAUGGAACUUGUUAAAAUAUCAAUAAAACCUCAAAGAUUAAAAACAAAACUUGAAGGAAUUUUAUCAUCAAUAAUGGUAAAAAAAUGUACAACAUUUCCAAGUGUCAAAUUUUCAAAUAUCAAUAAAUUUUUGAAAGAUUUUAAAGAUGAAGCUAGUAAAUAUUUAGAAUGUUAUGGUGUAAAAAUUGAUCAACAAAUAGAGACGGAAGCCAAAAUUUUUCCAAAUAUUCAAACAAAAUAUCCUUCAAAAAAAGAAGAUCGUGUUUUUUAUAAUAAAAAAUUAAAAAAUUUUUCAUAUGGAAUUAUUUUUAUGACUAAAAUAGAAAAUGAAAGUAGAAAAAAAAAGUGUAUUUUGAUAAUUGAACAUAUAAUUAAUAGUGUUUCAAAGUUUGGUUGUGAUUUUACUCAAAAUCCAAAACCUAAAUAUGUAUCUGAUUUUAAAAAAAAUGGAAAUUUAUUUAAAUUAAUUGAAUCAAACAUAACAAUGAUAAAAGAUAAUGAAAUUAAAAAUCAUCUAAUAAUUUUUGUAAUUAAUUAUGAUUCAUUAAAUUAUUAUGGAAAAAUUAAAAUGUUAUGUGAACAGAAAUGUUUCAUUGGAUGCCAUUCACAAAUUUUAAAAUUAAAAACAAUAGAAAAAAUUAAUACCAAAAUUAGUAUGUGUAAUGUUACAACAAAUAUAUCAUUAAAAAUGAAUGGUAAACUUGGAGGACUUUCAAAAUCAUUGUACUAUGAUUGUAAUAAUAAAAAUUUGAUUAAUUUUAAAAAAAAGUUUUUUAAUAAGAAUAGUCCAACAAUUUUUAUGGGAGCUGAUGUUAUUCAUUCAUCUGAACAUGAUAAUGAAAAACUUCGCCACCCAUCUAUAUCAGCUGUGGUUGGGUCAAUGGAUAUUUUGGGAGCAAAAUAUGCAGUUUCAGGAAAAAUUCAUACAACAACAGUUCAUAAAGGUAAACAGGCUAUGGAAACAAUUCAAUAUUUAAAAGAACAAGUUGAGGAACGUCUUUUGUCAUUUGAAAAAGAAACAGGUACACUUCCAAAACACAUAAUCUUUUUUCGUGAUGGUGUAGCAGAUUCACAAUUUAAAAUAACUAUGGAUCAUGAAGUUAAAUCGAUUAAUGAUGCAUUUAUUCAAAAAAGGCAUGGAAUUAAAUUUUGUGAUUCAGAAAAUGUUAAUAAUAAACAAUCAAAUGGAAAUGUAGCACCAAAUACAAUAGUUUCAAAGGAUAUUGUUAAUCCAGAAUUAUUAGAUUUUUAUGCUGUAUUUCAUAAAGGAGUAUUAGGAACAUCCAAACCAUGUCAUGUAUAUGCACUAUACGAUGAUUGGAAUCUUACAUUAAAUGAAAUUUGUCUAAUUAGUUGUUGGAUGGCAAAUGUUUGUACAAGAUGUACUACUCCUAUUAGUAUACCAACUCCAUGUUAUUAUGCUGAUUUAGCUUGUACACGAUUAAGACAUCAUUAUCUUGAAAAAAAAUUAUUUGAUAAGAAUAAAAAAAAAGAUCAUACUCUUGAUAUAGAAUUUCAUCCGCGUAUAAAAUAUGAACAAUUUUUUGUUUAA